GUUAGUGAUCGUGCUGAGAAUUUUACUGAAACAUUCGCACGGGGAGGUGAUGAUUUCUCGUCUUGAUCUCAUUUUAUGAAUGAUAAGAACGAUGAGUGCGUCGAGAAGAUAGCAGCGAAGCAACUUAGUUAAAUGGUGUGCAUGCCCAACAAGUCCGGAGCAGCGUUUUUGUUUUGCUGGGCGAUUUGCGGAUAAUUUUGACAAGAGCGACAGGUCAGUGGACCGCAGCUCAAGAUGGCGCAACAUCUAGCCCCGAGUGUGAAUUGCUCGCUGGAUGACAUCGACCUCAGUGCCCUGAAGGAUCCGGCUGGGAUAUUUGAGUUGAUAGAAGUCGUGGGCAAUGGAACGUAUGGACAAGUGUACAAGGGACGUCACACAAAGACUGGCCAAUUGGCUGCAAUUAAGGUUAUGGACGUCACAGAGGAUGAGGAAGAAGAAAUAAAGUUAGAAAUCAACGUACUGAAAAAGUAUUCUAACCAUCGAAAUAUUGCCACAUACUAUGGUGCUUUUAUCAAGAAAAGCCCACCAGGAAAAGAUGACCAGCUAUGGUUGGUCAUGGAAUAUUGCGGAGCUGGUUCAGUCACAGAUCUUGUCAAAUCUACCAAAGGCCAAAGUUUAAAAGAAGAGUGGAUUGCUUACAUUUGUCGUGAGAUUCUUAGAGGUCUUAGCUAUCUGCACAGCAACAAAGUUAUCCACCGCGAUAUCAAGGGCCAGAAUGUUCUGCUCACCGACAAUGCAGAAGUCAAACUUGUUGAUUUUGGUGUCAGUGCUCAGCUUGAUCGAACCAUUGGCAGGAGAAACACCUUUAUUGGAACACCUUACUGGAUGGCACCUGAGGUGAUCGCGUGCGAAGAAAAUUCUGACGCCACCUAUGACAAUCGUUCUGACCUUUGGUCUCUUGGCAUCACUGCUCUCGAGAUGGCCGAGUCUCAACCUCCUCUCUGUGACCUACACCCUAUGCGUGCCCUCUUUCUGAUCCCAAGAAACCCUCCACCAAGACUACGGUCCAAAAAGUGGCCGAAGAAGUUUCACAGUUUUAUCGAGACAGUCUUGGUCAAGGAUUACCACCAGAGACCCUAUACAGAACAGCUGCUGAAGCACCCCUUCAUCAGAGAUCAACCGACUGAGCGUCAAGUCAGGAUUCAGCUCAAAGACCACAUUGAUCACUGCAAGAAGCGCAAGAAGGAGAAAGAGAGAGAUGAUUAUCGCUACAGUGGAUCUGAAAACGAGGAAGAUGAGCCAGCUAUGGCUGGUGAACCGUCGUCUAUUGUUCAAGCUCCUGGUGAUAAUACUCUAAGGAGAAACUUUCAGCAAAUCCAGGCAAGAAGGGCCAUUGCGCAAAGUGAGAGGGAGGCUAUCCAGCCCAUUCCAAGGGAGAGAAGCAAAAAAGGGGAGCGGGAGGAAAUUCCAGACCCUGGCCCACCUGCCAGGCCUCCCCUUCCACAGAGACUCAUCGUUGUUCCAGAUCCACAACCACCGUCACGACCACUGCCUUUGCCCCCAAGAGACGACCAAAGGGAGCGACAGCAGCAGCCUCAGAGGAGUUCUCAGCUGUUCAAGCCAACAGACCUGGAUGCUUUGGCUGCACAGCUCAACGAGUUGGGUGCAGCCGCCAGGCCAAAUGGAAAAAUCCAUCAGCCGAGUGGUCCUUCGGCGCACCACCCCAGCUCUUCAAACCAGCAGUCAAUCAAUGUGCUAGAUCAGCCAGACAGUGAUUCAGAUGCUGAGGAAGACGGUCGAGUCCACAAUGACGGCACUCUUUUGGCUAGUGACCCUCCAAAACCUUUGCCUGGUGAAAAUGGUCAAGGACCUUCCAAUCACGAAGCGCCAGUCCCGAGUGGAGGUGCUCCUAAUAGACCUCUUCCUCCUACACCUGACGAUGAGGAAAGUGGCGAACGCACCCUGGUCCACAAGAGGAAAGCUGCUGCUGCCGCCGCCGCUGCUGCUGCUUCCGCUUCUGCUUUAAAAAAACCGUCAAUAACUACGGAGGAGCAAAAGUUGCUUCGGGACUGGGAUUUUACCAAGUUCUUUCAAGACAUCAAUGGUCGAAUCGAGUCUGCGAGAAAUCAACCAAAAAUCAAGACUUCUGCCGAAGCACCUGUUAUCACUCACAGAAGAGUCGAGAGCGAUUUGAAACUUCGGCGUGAGAAGUCUGACCUUUUUCCGAACAGAUCUUCUCUCCUUUUUGGAGUUGCCAAGCAACCAACCCAGGGAGAGCCAAUUUUGACUGAAUUCAGGAAGCAGCAGCAAAUCAAACAAACUGAAUCUCCGUGGAGGUUGAACAAGAGCAACGGUUCUGGUGGUGGCGGUGGAGGUGGCUUAAGACCAGCUGCAGACAAAAAUGCAGCAGCCGCCGCAGAUUUCAAGUCGCGUAGGCGUAACAGCACACACGGACUUGUUGCACUUUCCUCCUUCCCCGAUUCCCAGCUGUCAAGUGGUGCUAAGCAACGCGGCGACAUGGCUGGCGGAAGGAUGAGUGGUGGUGAUUUUAGUCGCAUGGAGUCUCCUGGUCAACUCAACACGCCUGGCUCGAGGACCAGCUCAGUCUUACCAGAUUUGCUUUCCCAGGCAUCCCCAAGUCCGGGCACACCAAACCAGAGGUCUCAGGACAAGUCAACCAGUGAUGAGUAUCGGCAAGCUAUGAGUAAAAAUCCCCACCUUCAGCAGAAACAGCGGUCGUUCUUGACCUUUGGAUUUGGUGCUGGUGGCUCUGGAACAAACACUGGAACCACAGGCUCCGGUGGUGCAUCAAGAAGAGAGUCUCAUGUUAACGUCAAUGUGACGCCCACCGCGCACGAAAUCUUGUCUGACACUCCUGAGAUUCGCAAGUAUAAGAAAAGAUUCAACUCGGAAAUCCUCUGUGCUGCCCUUUGGGGAGUCAAUUUGUUGAUUGGAACAGAGAAUGGGCUGAUGCUCCUGGAUCGUAGUGGCCAGGGCAAAGUCUACCAGCUCAUUUCUCGCAGAAGAUUCCAACAGAUGGAAGUGCUAGAGGGCCAGAACAUUUUGGUCACCAUCUCCGGCAAGAAAAAUCGAGUCAGAGUCUACUAUCUGUCGUGGCUGAAAUCUAAGAUUCUCAGAACUGACGGUGGCAGUGAAGUGAGUCAAGUGGAACGGCGUAACGGCUGGAUCAACGUCGGAGAUCUACAGGGUGCUGUUCAUUUCAAAAUUGUCAAAUAUGAACGCAUCAAAUUCCUUGUGAUAGCCUUGAAAGAAUCAAUAGAGAUCUACGCGUGGGCUCCGAAGCCAUACCACAAAUUCAUGGCUUUCAAGUCAUUUGGAGAACUCAUGCACCGUCCACUUCUGGUUGACUUAACUGUAGAGGAGGGCACGCGUCUUAAAGUGAUUUAUGGAUCUGCUGACGGAUUCCACGCCGUAGACCUAGAUUCUGCAUCAGUAUAUGAUAUCUACAUGCCAAAACACACCCAAGGACCGAUAUCACCUCACUGUAUCGUUCCCUUGCCAAAUUCAAAUGGAAUGCAGCUUCUGCUCUGUUACGACAAUGAAGGUGUCUAUGUGAACACCUAUGGAAAGGUGUCUAAAAACAUUGUUUUGCAAUGGGGCGAGAUGCCAACGUCUGUUGCAUACAUUGGGACUGGUCAGAUCAUGGGUUGGGGCAACAAAGCCAUUGAAAUUCGUAGUGUGGAGUCAGGUCAUCUUGAUGGCGUGUUUAUGCACAAAAAAGCCCAAAAACUCAAGUUCCUUUGUGAACGCAAUGACAAGGUGUUCUUUUCUUCGGCUAAGGGUGGAUCUUCGUGCCAGAUUUAUUUCAUGACCUUGAACAAACCUGGAAUGGCCAACUGGUGAAGUGCUUGCCAAGGUAAACAAACAAACCAACCAAACAAUCGUCUGCAGUUUUUAUCAAGUAUUUUUUCUAUUUGGAUAUUGGCAACAAGCAAAAGAAAGGUCAUGUAAGGAAACCAAAAAUAUUACAAUAUGAGUUAACAAUAAGAAAAGAAAAUUAAAUAUUUGAGUUAUUUAGUACUGUAAUAUCUGGGGAUGAACAGAAUUAAUGUUACGAACUAGCACAAAAGAGAUUUUUUUUGGGGUGAAGAAAGAAACCCCCUGCAGGAAAGAUUUAAUUUUCCCUUGGAAAAAAAGAUAUAUUUUAAAUUGUAUCAAGACUGUUUCCAUUUAUAUCGGAGGGUUUGGACAACAUGAAUACUGGUGAAUAAUAAGAAUUAAUUAUCUUGAUUUCCAUAUGAAUAGGACCGCCUUUAAUAUUCAGAGAAGCUUCUUUGCAAUUAUAUAUCAUUACGUGACAGUUAAACAAUGAGUGUGUCUUUUGUAUUUAGUUGCGUAACGAAAGCCAUUCUUUUAUGACUUUUUAUAUAUUUAUUUGUUGCUAUUAUGUCGUAUAAAAUUUAUUAACAAAUUUUGGAAUUGGUGAAAAUUUAAGAGCAAAAUGGAGAGGAGAUAUCAUAAAUAACACUAUUAUACGCUAGUGUGUAGUUUUGUUCUUCUUACUUAUUUAAUGGCAUUAUUUUGUACGAACGGAGUAUGAUAAUGUAGCACACAAGUUUUUGGGAGUUUUAAAGGCUCGACGAUAAGUUUUCUUAUUGCAAAUAUCAGCAUGCUGAUUUUGAUUUUCAUGACGAAGUCGUCAGUUGUAACUUGACCGUUCAACUGAGCAGGUUGUUUUUUUCUAAACAAAUAGUUCACUAGGAAGUUUUGUACUCGCGUUGAUUGAAAAAUACUACAGGUUACACAUGGGAGACCAGAGUAUAUCACUACACAAAUAUUUCUCUGUGAAAAGCUAAGCCAAUUCAUUUCUCUCCCAGCUGCAAUAUUCUGCCAUUUUUUACUUUCAUAUGUAAUGUAGCAAUGAAGAACAGCAAGACGUAGAUUUCAUAAAACCUCCCUCCACCCCAUUUUUCACCACUCUUCUUAUUCAUAAUACAACAUUCUCAUACUUCUCAUGUUAGAAACAAAUUAAUACAGCUCAUAAACAAACACAAAUGUACCACUUUCUGUUCUUAUUUCCAACAGAAUAUCAUUCACAUGUGCUCAAUUUUUUAUUUGCUUUUUGAUGAAAUUUCCUAAAACAAUGAGAAGUAGUAAGUCACCAGGUAAUUAGUAAUAUAUUAGUAAGACAUGUUUCAAAAAGUCUUUUCAGAAAUGGAUCUGUAAAUAUAUUACUCGUAUUUUUUUUUCACCGACCGAAUCUUUUGUUACAAACUCCGCAAGGAAAACAUGUCAGCGCAUUUAUAAAACAAGCAAAGCAAGUGGCGUUUUUCUUUAGAGAAAAUGCUAGCUUAAUUAUGUAAAGUGAAGAAGAUGAUGUGUGUCUUCGUUAACAAUUACAAUUUAUAUUCUCUUGAUUAAUUUCUCUAGUAUCAUACCAGAUUUGAUUUUGUAUAAGCGAUCAAUGAUUGUAGUCGUAGUGACAGGCACACCAAUUAUUAUUAUAUUCUGAACAGAAAUAUCUAUGUGAUCAUUUUAUUAUCAAAAUAGCCCAGAAUUUUUUACUGUAUUAUAGUUAAUCUCCUGAAGAAUAAAAUUGAAAGAAACCAAAA